CGCAUUCCGCCCAGGGAGCGGCGGGGCCGGCGCCAUGGCCGAGCGGGGCCGCCUGGGCCUGGCCGGCGCUCCCGCCGCGCUCAACACGCCGGUGCCCAUGAACCUGUUCGCCACCUGGGAGGUGGACGGCUCCAGCCCCAGCUGCGUGCCCAGGUUGUGCAGCCUGACCUUGAAGAAGCUGGUGGUGCUCAAGGAGCUGGAGAAGGAGCUCAUCGCCGUGGUGAUUGCCGUCAAGAUGCAGGGCUCCAAACGGAUCCUGCGGUCCCACGAGAUCGUGCUGCCCCCCAGCGGACAAGUGGAGACCGACCUGGCGCUGACGUUCUCCCUGCAGUACCCCCACUUCUUGAAAAGAGAAGGCAAUAAGCUUCAGAUCAUGUUGCAGCGAAGAAAGCGGUACAAGAACCGGACCAUCCUCGGCUACAAGACGCUGGCUGCCGGCUCCAUCAACAUGGCCGAGGUGAUGCAGCACCCCUCUGAGGGCGGCCAGGUGCUGAGCCUCUGCAGCAACGUCAAGGAGGCCUCGGUCAAGGUGGCCGAGAUCUGGAUCUUCUCCCUGUCCAGCCAGCCCAUUGACCACGAGGACAGUGCCAUGCAGGCGGGCCCCAAGGCCAAGUCUACGGAUAACUACUCCGAGGAGGAGUACGAGAGCUUCUCCUCCGAGCAGGAGGCCAGUGACGACGCCGUGCAGGGGCAGGACUUGGACGAGGAUGACUUCGACGUGGGGAAGCCCAAGAAGCAGCGGCGCUCGAUAGUAAGAACGACGUCCAUGACCAGGCAGCAGAACUUCAAGCAGAAAGUCGUGGCCCUGCUGCGGAGGUUUAAAGUCUCGGACGAGGUCCUGGACUCGGAGCAGGACCCUGCCGAGCAUGUCCCCGAGGUGGAGGAGGACCUGGACCUCCUGUACGACACGCUGGACGUGGAGAACCCCAGCGACAGCGGCCCCGACAUGGACGACGACGACAGUGUCCUCAGCACCCCCAAGCCCAAGCUCAGGCCGUACUUCGAAGGCCUGUCCCACUCCAGCUCGCAGACAGAGGUCGGGAGCAUCCACAGCGCCCGGAGCCAGAAGGAGCCUCCGAGUCCAGCUGACGUGCCCGAGAAGAUGCGGGCUCUGGGCACCAAGCAGCCGAGCGACAGCACCUCCGAUUCCGUGGCCCAGAGUGCACCCGCCCCCGGCGAGCAGCCAGCACAGCCUGAGGACAGCCCGGAGGCGGAGACCUCUGCUCUGGACGUGUUCACCGAGAAGCUGCCACCCAGCGGACGCAUCACCAAGACGGAGUCCCUGGUCAUCCCGUCCACCAGGUCCGAGGGGAAGCAGGCCGGCCGCCGGGGCCGGAGCACUUCCCUAAAGGAGCGGCAGCCGGCGCGUCCGCAGAGCGAGCGGGCCAACAGCUUGGACAACGAGCGCUGCCCGGACACGCGGAGCCAGCUGCAGAUCCCUAGGAAGACCGUGUACGACCAGUUAAACCACAUCCUCGUCUCCGACGACCGGCUCCCCGACAACAUCAUUCUCGUCAACACCUCAGACUGGCAGGGGCAGUUCCUCUCAGACGUCCUGCAGCGGCACACGCUCCCGGUGGUGUGCACGUGCUCUCCGGCCGACGUCCAGGCGGCCUUCAGCACCAUCGUGUCUCGGAUACAGAGAUACUGCAACUGUAAUUCGCAGCCCCCGACCCCCGUGAAGAUCGCGGUGGCCGGAGCGCAGCAUUACCUCAGCGCCAUCCUGCGGCUCUUCGUGGAGCAGCUGUCACACAAGACCCCCGACUGGCUGGGCUACAUGCGCUUCCUGGUCAUCCCGCUGGGCUCCCACCCGGUGGCCAGGUACCUGGGCUCCGUGGACUACAGGUACAACAACUUCUUCCAGGACCUGGCCUGGAGAGACCUCUUCAACAAGCUGGAGGCCCAGAGCACAGGACACGCCGGACAUUGUGUCGAGAAUCACGCAGUACAUCUCGGGGGCCAACUGCGCCCACCAGCUGCCCAUCGCAGAGGCCAUGCUGACCUACAAGCAGAAGAGCCCGGACGAGGAGUCCUCUCAGAAGUUCAUUCCCUUUGUCGGGGUCGUGAAGGUUGGGAUAGUGGAACCAGCUUCGGCCACAUCAGGCGACUCAGACGACGCGGCCCCCUCCGGCUCCUGUGUGCUCUCGUCCACCCCGCCGUCCACGUCUCCUGCGGCCAAGGAGGCCUCCCCCACCCCGCCGUCCUCCCCGUCCGUGAGCGGGGGCCUGUCCUCCCCCAGCCAGGGCGUCGGCGCCGAGCUGAUGGGGCUGCAGGUGGAUUACUGGACGGCAGCCCAGCCCGCAGACAGGAAGAGAGACGCGGAGAAGAAGGACCCACCCACCACCAAAAACACACUCAAGUGCACCUUCCGGUCUCUCCAGGUCAGCAGGCUGCCCAGCAGCGGCGAGGCCGCGGCCACGCCCACCAUGUCCAUGACCGUGGUCACCAAGGAGAAGAACAAGAAGGUGAUGUUCCUGCCCAAGAAAGCCAAGGACAAGGACACCGAGCCCAAAAGCCAGUGCAUCGAGGGCAUCAGCCGCCUGAUCUGCACGGCCAAGCACCAGCAGAACAUGCUGCGGGUCCUCAUCGACGGGGUGGAGUGGAACGACGUCAAGUUCUUCCAGCUGGCGGCCCAGUGGUCCUCCCACGUCAAGCACUUUCCCAUCUGCGUCUUCGGGCACUCCAAGUCCCCCUUCUAGCCCCGCCGCCGGCACGGCCUCGCCAGCUCCCCGCCCUGCAGCCCCGCGGCGACCGGGACCGGGCGCCGCGAGGGCUCAGCUGCUUCCUGGUUAACGUUUCCGUUCACGCGGAGACAGACCCUCGCACACGCAGAGACAGUCUUAAGUAUGAACACGCCGGCGACCUGGAAACGAACGGGGCAGCUGCCCCCGGGCCCGUGACGGCUCCGCUUAUUAACCAGAGUGUCGGGCAGGGCUGGGGGUCAGGGGGACAGUGUCAGAGGGGGGGGCUUGAGAAUCAUGGAAGGCGUGUUUCGGCCUCAGGACCCCGCGCCAGCCCCCCAAGAUGGGUUCUCGCCUUCGCCUCCUGUCCUGAGAGCUCCCUGCUUCCUCGGGGAGCUGGGGUCAGGCGCACAGCCACGCGGGCCCCCAGGCACCGAGCCGGGGGCCCCGAGGCCCGAGGCCAGCCUUCUGCUGGGGGCGUCCUGAGCAGAACACAGAGGCCAGUCAGCCCAGCCCUGGGCCCCAGCUCCGCCCUCUCGUGGUUCCCAAUAAACUCCAGCCUCGUGGGGCAGUGGAGGCUUUAUAGGAGCGGAUAUUUCUAAUGCUUUUAAAUACAUGUUAUAAUGUAGCUGCCAAA